AUGAAUUCGUAUCUCCUCAAUAGGGCUCUCGGGUCCAUCAGUCCGUCGACCUUCCAUGUCGCCCAGACUUCCCGACUCAUCCAAAACCUAGAGCCCGCCCCUGGCAUCCGCUUCUCGUCGCAUACAGAUCCAGCGAAUUCGGCGACUCGGGAUGGCUCUCCAGCUGCAGACGCACAGCUCGGCUUAGAUGACGAGCUGUUUGCGCAUAAAUCAGGAGUCAACGUCCUCGCCAUAGACCGAUACGAUGGCCGAUUCAUGGUCUCCGGAGGCGCCGAUCCGUCCGUCCACCUGUGGGAUCUGGAGACGCGAGGCUCGGAUCUGACCCACGUGCAUCGGUCGGUUGCGUCGGUCAGUAAAGCCUCGCAUGAAGAUGCCCACACGCGGGCCAUCACCUCCGUCUCUAUAUACCCGUUCGACCCCACGCCGUCGACCAUUCUGACGACGUCAUACGAUGGCACCCUCAAGCUCUCGGCCCUGGCACCAGGGGCCAUCACGCCCGUGCAUACCUUCAACAUGGAUUGCACACCCUACGCGCACUCGAUGUCAUCUCACCCUGCAUCCCCGCUGCUGAUUGCCGUAGGCACCUCGGAGAAGCCGGUCCGACUCCUCGAUCUACGUUCCGGGCUAUCUACACACGGUCUCCCAGGACACGAGGCAUCGGUCCUGUCCGUGUCAUGGGCCCCGCAUCAGCCGCACAUCCUGGCGUCUGCCUCCGUGGACAACCGGGUGAUCCUCUUUGACAUCCGUCGCGGAGGACACAAUUCGGCCAUUGCGGCCCUGGACAUGGAUGACGCCGUCGGCCUGGUGCAUCCAUCAAGCGCUCCUCCAUCCUACGAGAGUCGCCCCGCAUUCUCGCCGCACGUCCGAGCGCACAACGGCGCUGUGACGGGCGUGCGAUGGACCUCCACCGGUACGCACCUGGUAACCGCGGGACAAGACGCGCGGAUUCGAGUCUGGGAUGCAGGAACGGGCGCAAAUACGCUCGUCCACUUCGGCCCAAGAGUGCGGAACAGCGUCUCCUCGUAUCUGGCCGAACGGGCGCCGCUGGUUCUGCCGCGGGGCAUGGUCGCCCCGGGACAGGAGACGCUGGUGUGGCCGAACUUCAACGAGCGAGACGACCGCGGGGAAGUCUUCAUGUUUGAGCUCCGCGAGGGUGCGUUCAUCAAGCUCCUCCGGGUUCCGGGCCUCGUGACCGGACCUCAGCAGUUCCAAGGGCGCUCGAGUGCUCUGAGCGCGGCGCGGAUCAACUCCCUGGUCUGGCGCGGCAACGGUGCAUCCGGAGAGGGCCUCGAGAUGUUCUCCGCCCACGGCGACGGGACCAUCCGCGGCUGGGUAUCGCGGGAACCCGAAGGGGAGCCCGACGAAGCCGAAGAGGCCGAACGAGUGGACCGCAAGCGGAAGCGCGAUGUCCUCGACGAGAUCUACCGGGGAUUUAUAGGUUAA